CCCAUACCGAGCGAAUCAGGGUUAAUCUCAUCUCUAAAAGUUAUUCACAUUUAAGUGUUUCUGUUUUAAAAACUGUUAAAAACAGACCUGGGGCGAAGUUUAGUGGUAUUGUUUUUAACUUUGAGCUUUGAAAUGAAGGCGUAUCUAACAUUUUUAAAUUUAUAAUAAGAAAAUAAUAUGCGUAGGGAUUAACUUAUACAGAUAUUGUGUUAGGGCUUCGUCUGUUCUGUUAAUAAUUUAAUCUUUUAGCCUGAAAGGUGCAUAAAAUACCGAGAGAUGUCCGUCCCAGAGCCCAGGGCGGCGUCUCCAGGUAAACAGCGGGGGUUCUUCGGGGUUGUGGACCCUGAAAAUUCAGGACAAGUUAUUGUGGACCACACGACAGUAGACACGCUGAAGAGUGGCCUCACCACAGUCUUUCUCCCAAUCAUUUACAUCAUCGUUUUCGUGGUGGGACUUCCUGCCAAUGGCAUGGCCAUCUGGGUCUUUCUCUUCAGGACCAAGAAGAAGCACCCCUCAUCGAUCUACAUGGCCAACCUGGCUCUGGCUGAUCUGCUCUUUGUCAUUUGGACGCCCCUAAAAAUUGCGUACCACUUAAACGGCAACAACUGGAUCUACGGAGAACCGCUGUGCAAGGUCCUCGUGAGCUUCUUCUAUGGGAACAUGUACUGCUCCGUCCUGUUCAUCACCUGCCUCAGCGUGCAGAGGUACUGGGUCGUGGCUCACCCUCUGUCCCAGCAGAGAAAGAACAACAGAGUGGCUGUUGGCGUCUGUGUGGCCAUCUGGGCUUUCAUCUGGCUCACCACCACUCCUCUGUACCUGUAUGACCACACCGCCAAGCUCAAAGACCCCAACAUAACCACCUGCCACGAUGUCAACAUCAUACAUGACACCCUAAAUCCAUUCCCCUCUGUCCAGCUCCCAUACUACUACUUCAUCUUCAUGGGUAUGGUUGUGUUCCUCGUCCCUUGCAUAGUGAUCGUCGUGGCCUAUAUUCUGUUGCUCAGGGCUCUGGGGAACAGCAUGGAGGAAAGCACGGCAGCGAAGAACCGACAGAAAGCUGUGGUGUUGAUCGUGACCGUCUUGGUGACGUUCCUAGUGUGUUUCAUCCCCAGUAACAUCAUGCUGGUGGUGCACUACUCUCUGCUGAAGGACGGGGUGGUAAAUAACGGUUACGGCUUCUACAUCACCACAUUGUGCCUGGCCAGCCUCAACAGCUGCCUGGACCCGUUCAUCUACUACUUUGUGUCCGAGGAGUUUCGCAACCACGUGAAGAACACUUUGCUGUGCAGGAGCAGCAGGACUGUGGAGAGGAUGAGGGUUUCAUUCAGUUCCAUGAAAUACUCCAGGAAGAGCAAGUCAUACGUGUCAGACACUGGGAACACACAGAGCAGUACCUGUUAGCCAGGUCGAAGGUCAGAUAUCCAGCUUCCUGCCUGGGCUAGCACUCCAGUGUACUGAUGGCAGGGCAUGGUGCAGGCUGUGUGGUGCUGGGACACAGUAGUUAGGCCUGUAGUAAUGGACAUAAGGCCCAUCAGCUGCAAACCAGGUGACCUCAACGCAUCAAAUAACCAAAGAUGAACUUUAAAUGUGAAGAUGACUGUGAAACAUUUAUAUAUAUGUUCAAUUUUUUUUUCUUAUGUCUGUAUAUACAUGUGGAGAGAAGGCCUGUUAGGGGCUGAUGCUUUUUUUGUCCUCCUGGCUGCACAGACAAAUGUGGUUUGACCCCUUUGCUGCGCUGUUGGCCAUUUAAAGCCACAUUAACCUGAUCUGCACAGAGGACUGGAGCAAGAGUCUGUAAAUUCUUAUGGCUUAUGUUACGUGUAAUGUCAAUGCAGCUGUAGUCAAAUAAGCAAAAGAGAAGUUGUUCAUUUUCAUAUUCAUUCCUGUGGCUUCUGUCUUGCUUAUUUGGCACAUUCAUGCUGCAAGUUUUAAUUUGUCUUUUUAAACCACUUGAGCUGAAGUGUUGAUUUACUUUUUAGUUUUAAAAUGAUGAAGAAAGUGGCGGCAUUGUUACAGAGUUUCUGAAAUAAACGAUAAAACAACAA